GGCGCGUGUGCUAGCGCUUCUGGGCGGUAGGACGCUGUGUCGUUGGCGGCUCCCCGCCUGCCCCAGCUGCAGCAGCGGGAAGCUCAGCGUCAAGCCCUUGUAGUCCUGUGCGAUGGCAUCUCGAUACGACAGGGCAAUCACUGUCUUCUCCCCAGACGGACACCUUUUUCAAGUUGAAUAUGCCCAGGAAGCGGUGAAGAAAGGAUCCACCGCGGUCGGAAUUCGAGGUACCAACAUAGUUGUUCUUGGGGUAGAAAAAAAAUCUGUUGCCAAGCUUCAAGAUGAAAGAACUGUGAGAAAAAUUUGUGCCCUUGAUGACCAUGUCUGCAUGGCUUUUGCAGGACUUACUGCUGAUGCUAGAGUAGUAAUAAACAGAGCCCGUGUGGAGUGCCAGAGCCAUAAGCUUACAGUUGAGGACCCAGUCACUGUAGAAUAUAUAACUCGCUUCAUAGCAACUUUAAAGCAGAAAUAUACCCAAAGCAAUGGACGAAGACCUUUUGGUAUUUCUGCCUUAAUUGUAGGUUUUGAUGAUGAUGGUAUCCCAAGAUUAUAUCAAACAGAUCCUUCUGGUACUUAUCAUGCUUGGAAGGCAAAUGCAAUAGGCCGAAGUGCUAAAACUGUUCGAGAAUUUCUAGAAAAGAAUUACACAGAAGAUGCCAUAGCAAGUGACAAUGAAGCUAUCAAGUUAGCAAUAAAAGCUUUGCUAGAAGUUGUACAGUCCGGUGGAAAAAACAUUGAACUUGCUAUAAUAAGAAGAAAUCAACCUUUGAAGAUGUUUAGUGCAAAAGAAGUUGAAUUAUAUGUAACUGAAAUAGAAAAGGAAAAGGAAGAAGCAGAGAAGAAAAAAUCAAAGAAAUCUGUCUAAUUCUUAGGAUGACCCCUGGGAGCUCUUAAUGUUUUGUUUUAUUUUACUGCCUGAGGUUGUUUAGUGAAAUUUUAGAGGGAAACAGUUACUUUGAAGCAUUACAUGUAGUACUCAUGUGAUGUUUUGAAAAUGCCAGAUCUGUGGCUGUCUUCAUUCUACUACAUAGUCAAACAUAGGUUUAUGUGAAGAUUUUCUUUGAAAGGGAAUUUCAAUAAUUGUUGAGAGCAGUCAUAAUUCCACAUAAGCCUGAGACUCUAUAAUUUGUCCAGUGUCUUACUUAUCUUUAUAUAUGCAAAUAUAAUUUAAAAAAUUUUUAAUUAAAAAAAUUUAAUACUUUGGUGAUGUUUGAGUAUUGACUACCAGUUAAGGACAUAGCUAUUCCAAAUAAACUAAAUAUAAUAUGGAGUUGCA